CAUUUAGGUUUAUUGCAAAAAAUUAGCGCGAAAAAGUUCUCAACCGUUUCUUCUGCUCAUUACAGAAAAAAUGGCUCUGUAUCUGCAGCAGCCGUACUCCGCCUGCCCCCUGUCCUUCCGCAACCAUAAAUCCACGGCCUUCCGCCCACUAACAAUCCCAAAUAAAUCGCCCAUCCUUACUCACCCCUUCAAAAUUCACUGUUCACCACCGGGUGCCACAUUGUCUCCCCUCACUUCCAUUUCGCACCUCAAACCCUACCUCAAAUCAGAGUGGCAACCGAUCCUCUACGGAUGGCUAUGCAGUUCGAUCUCUGUUUACUGUAUUUCCAAACUCGUCCCCGCUGUCGGGAAGCUCCCUGCCUUGAUUUCCCCAACAGACGGCAUGAAGAUAAGGGAAAGAAGUUUGAUCUUAGGGGCUCUCUAUUUGGUCAGACUCGUUUCUAAUUACCUCCAACAGGAUUUCCUCUGGAUAGCCGCAUUGAGAUGUGCUUAUAAGGUACGAGUUUUCGUGUUCCGGAAGGUUUUGGAAAGGGAUUUGGGAUUCUUUGAAGGUGAGAGUGCGGUUGCAUCUGGGGAUAUUGCAUAUAGGAUCACUGCAGAGGCUUCUGAUGUUGCGGAUACCGUCUAUUCUCUCUUGAAUACAACCGUACCCUGUACCUUACAGCUAAUCGCAAUGGCAUCUCAGAUGCUGGUAAUCAGUCCUAGCUUAUCAUUGCUUUCAGCUAUGGUUAUUCCACUAAUGGUUUCUGUCAUUGGAUACCUCGGUGAGAAGCUUCAGCAUAUAUCCAAUCAGGCACAUCUUACCAUUGCUGAUCUAUCUGCCUACCUUCAUGAGGGCUAAAUGCGAAAUUUGAAGAGUUCAGGGUCUAUCGAGGCUUUUCUAUAUCAGAAGUGUACUUCCAUCCAUUCUUUUUGUGAAGGCAAAUGAUGCAGAAAGUUAUGAAAGUUCUAGGUUUGAGUCUCUCGCCUCAUAUGAUCUAUCAGCAAGUUUGAGAAGGAAAAGAAUGAAGGCAUUUAUUCCACAGUUGGUGCAAGCUGUGUACUUCGGGAUCUUAUUUUCAUUUUUUGCUAGCUCGCUGAUUAUUUCAAGAGGGUCUUUUGAUUGUUCUGCCAUGGUUUCUUUUAUAACAUCAUUGGUUUUGUUGAUUCAGCCAAUUCAGGACAUCGGAAGAGCAUACAAUGAGAUAAAACAAGGAGAGCCGGCGAUUCAGCGUUUAUUUAGUCUGACGAGUUUCAAAUCCAAGGUAAAUGAUCAUAAACAAGAUGUCGUGAACUUGGAUUGCAUUGCUGGAGAAGUAAGCUUUUCUGAUAUAUCUUUUAGAUAUGGAGAGAGUGGACCCCUAAUUUUGGAAGGCUUGAAUUUUCAUGUUAAAGCUGGACAGACAGUUGCUCUUGUUGGACCAUCUGGAGGAGGAAAGACGACUAUUGUAAAACUCCUUCUUCGCCUCUAUGAUCCUUUUAAAGGUACCAUACAGGUAGAUGGGUAUGAUAUUAGAAAUAUUCAGCUGGAUAGUUUGAGGAGACAUGUGGGUCUUGUCUCUCAAGAUACUACACUCUUUUCUGGUACUCUUGCCGAGAACAUUGGGUAUAGGGAUCGAAUGACAGGUAUUGAUAUGGAUAGAGUUGAACUUGCAGCUAGAACUGCCAAUGCUGACGAAUUCAUUGGAAAACUACCAAAUGGGUAUCUAACUAACGUUGGCCCCCGGGGCUCAGCUUUUAGUGGUGGCCAGAAGCAAAGAAUAGCCAUUGCUAGAGCAAUUUACCAAGAUCCUUCCAUUCUAAUUCUGGAUGAAGCAACUUCUGCAUUAGACAGCAGAUCAGAGUUGAUGGUGAGGCAAGCUCUGCAGCGUCUGAUGCAAAAUCGCACCGUGCUAAUCAUUGCCCACCGCUUAGAGACAGUGCUAAUGGCCGAACGAGUUUUCCAGUUGGACAAUGGCGGGCUGCAGGAGAUACCGCUCUCCUCACUCGUAGAUUCUCAACAAAGCAGUUUCCUUACUCUAGCAAUCUGAUGGGGUCUGCAGGAGUAUGUCAAGGAAUCCACUGAAAAACAUAGAUGUGAAUGAAGAACAGAAAAUAAGAAAAGAAAAUUAUAUUUUUAUUAGAGCAGAAAAUUGAGUUUGGUGGCUUUAGAGUAGGGACAUGUUGAGCACAAUCCUUACAACUGGAGUUGUACUGUGCUCAUCUUUCUUGGACAUUCAUUUUUGGUUAAGCAUAUGCAUUCAUAAAAAGUGCACAAUUCUCUUACAAGGCUGAGUCUCUGUAGUGACUUGCGUGCUUCUUUAAAACCAAGAUUGAAGUGGAAUAAACUAUUGGCUGGGAUGAUUUA